AAGAAAUCUCGACUCUGGAGUGAAGUCGUCAUCACUUUGCUGUCUGCUCUGCUCUGCUCUGCUUGCGGCGGCCUUGGACUCCCCUGUUCGGCCAUACCUCUCCCCCUGCCCCGCCUCCGGUCCUCGUCCUCGCCUCUGUUCGGCGGAGAUCAUGGGGCUACUCAGCAUCAUCAGGAAGAUCAAGCGCAAGGAGAAGGAGAUGCGCAUCCUCAUGGUGGGUCUGGACAACUCGGGGAAGACGACCAUCGUGCUCAAGAUCAACGGGGAGGACACCAGCGUCAUCAGCCCCACCCUCGGCUUCAACAUCAAGACUAUCAAGUACCACAAAUACUCAUUGAACAUUUGGGACGUUGGAGGACAGAAGACUAUCCGGUCUUAUUGGAGAAAUUACUUUGAGCAGACUGAUGGGCUAGUUUGGGUGGUCGAUAGUUCAGACAUACGAAGGCUUGAUGAUUGCCAUGCUGAACUCCACAAUCUCUUGAAAGAAGAGAGACUAGCCGGAGCUUCAUUGCUAGUUUUUGCAAACAAACAAGACAUACAAGGAGCUCUAAAACCAGCCGAAAUUGCUAAGGUUCUGAAUCUGGAGGUGAUGGGCAGGAGCAGGCACUGGAAGAUCGUUGGCUGCAGCGCCUAUACCGGCGAGGGGCUCCUCGACGGAUUCGAUUGGCUCGUGCAGGACAUCGCUUCUCGGAUCUACGUCCUUGACUGAUAUUUUGUCAUACCCUGUCUCGCGUCUGCUCUUAAGUAAAUUUCAUGUCAUUUGGCCCACCUAUAAUUGUAUAGUCCUAAUGAUUAGUAUGAUAGCCCAUUUAGUUAAUGAUAGGGGGUCUCCUGGUUAAGUGAACGUGAAACUUCAUCCUCUCCCCCCUACCAUUGGGCACCAAAUUUUAAUGUGCUAUUGAGCUUACUGAAAUAGCAUUUCAAACAUUGAGGGUGAUACUAGUGAAGAACUAUGCCAUGUAUUUGGCAGUAAAGAAUAAUGUCUCUUUGCCAGCCUAGGCUAAGAAUUUUAUGUAUUCAGACAGUGUUCCAAUUGAAUGAUCCUUGAAUUAUUGAUUUUAACAUAGGCUAGCCGGGGCUUCAUUGUUAGUUUUAGCAAAACAAACAAGAAAUACAGGGAGCAAUAAAGCCAGCUGAAAUUGCUAAUGUAAGCAAACCUCAAUUCCUACAUAUGCAUUACAUGCUUAUGUUUAUUUGGCUGCUUAUUAGACAAACGCUGCAGACAUCAAACAGAUUCCAUAAGCCAGUUAUGUUUAGCUAUACUGAUCUUCAUAUGCUCAUUUACUGUCAGUGGGGUCAUUGCUACCAUGUGCCACACUCAUGUUUGACAAGGUUCUGCUUUGAUGUAGACCCAAAAGAAUAUGCUCAAUUGAAUGUAAUUAUAACCAGGUAUUCUCUUGAAUAGUUCUAUAGCGUGUCAGCAUCCAACUUUGCAGCCAUAGUUGUAUGUCCACUAUCCAGUCAUUUGUGAUCUCUUCUGCAUUUUUUCUCUUAAAAGUAUGAACCUGUAAACUAGAUUUGGUAGAAUAAGCAGAUGUCUGAUGAAAAGUAGGGUUGCUACUUGCUAGCAAUAUAGUAGCAUGAUUGGGGAAAUGGGGAGGUAAUUCUUUGCUGUACAAAUAUACGGCUUGCGCCAUUUUCAGCUGUACGCAGUCUCAGCAAAAAUUGCUUUACUCUGCAUUUAGCUAAUGUUGAGUUGUUAACUCGAAGUGAUAGUGUUUUCCAGUAAUUCGAGUUUUGCCUUACAGGUCCUGUGAGCUUCCUGGCAUUUAUCACCACAUAGACCAGCUACUCGAAAGCUUGCAUUGUUGGUUUCAUCCAUGUACAGAGACCCUGGUAAAAAAUCCACCUGCUUGGAAUUGGAAGGCUCGGCCAGGCGCAGGUCUUAUUAGCUGUUUGCCUGUUUCCACGAGGCUUGGGAAGGCAAAACUCCAAUUCUCCACGGCAGAUGGCCUACUGAUACUCCUGUGGUUUCCUUGCAUGUUCUGAAUCCCGGAAGAUCGUUGGCUGCAGCGCCUACACCGGCGAGGGACUCCUCUACGGAUUCGAUUGGCUCGUGCAGGACAUCGCUUCUCGGAUAUUCGAUUGACUCAGAUUGGCUCGUUCUGAUAUUUUGCCAUGCUCAAUUUUGUUUCGCCAGUCAAUGUAAAAAAAAA